AUGGCAAUGAUAUUACGAUGGAUUUGUGCUCUUGGAUUGAUUCCAUAUGUAUUAUCAAUUCGAUGUUAUACAUGUGAAAGUAUAGGACAUUUUUGUACUUUACCAUUGAAUAUUGAUGGUGGAGAAGAUCAUAAUGAAUAUGACAUACCUAAUCCUCGUUAUGAUGCUGGACACGUUUGUAUGAGUAAUCAUUAUAUUAGUAAUAAAACAGGCGUAGAAAAAGUAAUUUUACGUGGUACAAAACAUUGUACAGAAUUAAACGUGAUUAAUCACCGUAUUCAUUGUUGUAAUACAAGUAAUUGUAAUAAAAAUUUACCAACGAUGAUGAGAAAACGGUUGGUUUAUGGAAUUAAUCAACGAUUGGCUCAUUCAAAUCAUCAACUAUAUCUACCUUCAAUAAUGCUAAUGCUUUUUGCUAUUAUUUUUCAAUAUUAUUACUAA